AUGAAGACAUGCGGCAUCCUUGGCGGCAUGUCCAGCCACAGCACUCAGAUAUACUACCGCGAGCUCUGCGCGCUGACCAGCUCACGUCUUGGGGGCCUCCAUUCUCCCGAUCUCCUGAUACGAUCUCUGGACUUCGACCAUAUUGCCCGUUUGCAGUCUGAGGGCAAAUGGGAUGAGCUCGGGGGCAUUCUCAACAAUGCCGCGGUCGGACUCGAGCGAGGUGGCGCUGAUCUGCUCCUUCUGGCCACCAACACGAUGCACAAGGUGGCAGAUCGAAUGAUGGCAGGCGUGACGAUUCCACUGUUGCACAUUGGAGACGCCACUGCUCUUGCGAUCUUGCGGGACAAAAGACAGCUCAGAAGACCCGGAUUGAUGGCCACAGCAUUCACGAUGGAGCAGAGCUUCUACGUGGACAGACUUGAGAAGCAUGGACUGGAAGCUGUCGUGCCCGAGAAGACGGAUCGAGACGUAACGCAUCGAAUCAUCUAUGAAGAAUUGUGCAAAGGCGUGAUCAGAAAAGAGAGUGAGGCAGAGUACGUCGCAAUUGCGCAGCGACUGAUCAAUGAUCAAGGCGCUGACUGCUUGAUCUUGGGAUGUACAGAGGUCGGCAUGCUGUUGAAUAGUGGCAAUGUCAAGGUACCAGUCUUUGACACAACGCUGAUUCACUGUGAGGAGGCACUGCGAAUGAUGCUGGGGUAG